AUGUAUGCAGUGUGCAACGAAGGCAGCAUUUCUGGGAAGCUGAUGCCCAUCGAGAUCGUCGUGUGGAAUCCCUAUGAGGAGGCUUCGCCAGGCGAUUUACCACCUCCGGCUUUCAAGGAGUUUGUUUGCGUGGAGCCUGGCCUCAUCGGACGAACGGCGGAUGAUCAGUUCCUGGAAAAACAUGAACUGCCCGCCAAAGCAGAAGCAUGCUUGUCACAGAAGAUCAUCCCAAUGUGA